AUGAAUUUCGGUGCUGCCCCCUCCCAUACACACCCAUCCGCCAACCACAGGCUCCCUGUCCGUGACGCGAGGCGGUCGACGGAUUCAAGUUCCCUCAAACGGGGUUGGCCGCUCGGUGGCGACGACAAGACCGGCGGCCAUCAUGGCUUCGACGCCCAGCGGAAGAGGUCCGGCAGCCACAGCAGCUCGUCGACACAGCCCAACAACAAGGAGCUCCAACACGUCGACUCGUCCCGUUCAUUCUUUGACGACGAGGCCCAGGCCCGCGACGGCGUCCUCUACAGGGACGGCCGGCUCAUCCUCCAGCCCGCACCGACCAGGGACCCGCGCGACCCCCUCAACCUGCCGCUGCCGCGCAAGAUUCUGGCGUGCGUCUGCCUAUGCUGCUUCGGCGCGCUGGCCGCCGCCGCCGAGCUGAUCCUCGGCGCCAUGCUGCCCGUCUUCGCCCUCGAGUACUCUGGCCUCGACCCCAAGAUCCUUAAGCCGCUGACCUCGAGCGGCGGCCUCCCCGCCGGCAGCGACCCCCUGAGGAUCCUCUCCAACCUGCCGGGCGCCCCGCCCAUCUUGUACAUCUACCUGCUGGCCUCGCUCCCCGUGCUCGUCAUCGGCCUGGCCAAUCUCGUCCUCGUGCCAAUGGCCAUCUCCGUCGGCCGCCGCCCCGUUGUCCUCGCCACGGGUCUCGUCGCCGUCGCCGGCUGCGUCUGGGCCGGGAGCAGCCGGUCCCUCGCGUCCCACUUGCUGGCCCGCUGCGUCCAGGCCGUCGGCGCCGGCACCGUCGAGAGCCUGAUCCCCUUCAUCCUUCAGGACAUGAUCUUCGUCCACCAGCGCAACUCGUGGAUCUCGGGCAUCUUCGCCGCCCAGGGCCUCAUCAUCAUCAUCCUCGGCAUCGCCGCCCCCUACAUCAUCAUCGACCUGAGCUGGCGCUACAUGUACUACAUCACGGCCGCCGGCGCCGCCUUCUUCCUCGUCGGCGUCUACUUCUUCAUGCCGGAGACUAGGUGGCAACGCACUCGUGCCGAGAUGAACGGCGUCCCUCGCAAUGAGGUUGGCCAGCAGUACGCCCCGAGAACGUUGCGGUACAACUUGGCUCUAUUCCACGGCAAUAUGGAAUGGCGAAAGGGCUGGAACGCUUUCGUCGACACGCUCCGCACUUUCUUCUACCCGCAGAUCUUCUUCAUCACCAUGCUUAACAGCGUCAUGAUCGCCUGCGCCUUCGCCGCCGGGUACACCGUUGCUCCGGCCCUCCUGACGGCACCCUGGUCAUGGAACUUCAACUUGCUCGGCCUUUGCCUGCUGCCAGUGCUUAUCGCCGCGAUCGCCGUCGUUCUCGUCACCGGAAACGCCGCCGACUGGAUGGCGAACCGCAUCGCCAAGAAGCGCGGCGUCCGCGUCCCGGAGAACCAGCUGGUCAACCUGAUCAUCCCGACCAUGGCUGGCCUCGUCGGCUCCGUCAUAUUCGGUCUGGCCGGCUCGAACCAGGACAAGUACUCCUACUUCACGUUCCUCACCGGUCUCGGGCUGAUGGCGUUCGGGUUCCUGGGCGCUAACUCUAUCGGCGCCGUCUACGUUCUGGAGUGCUACCCUCAUCUUGCGGGCCCGGCCCUGGUGAAUAUCGCCUCAUUCCGGUGCCUUCUGGCGUUUGCGCUGUCAUUCAAGAUCUCGGACUGGGUUGUCGAGAUGGGAUACUUCAACGCCAUGAUGAUAUACACUGGGCUCAUUGCCGCUUUUGCUGUCUCUAUCCCGGUGGUAUACCAUUAUGGGCCAGCCUGGAGAAAGAGGUGGCCUGCCGAUAGCUUCGGAGAUCAUAUGUAA